AUGAAUGUAAGUCUCGUAAGAAGUAAGGUAUACGAGGAAUAUGGGCUUCACUCCCUCGUUUUGAAACUGGGUGAACCGAGAAUUGAUGCGAUAAUUGGAGGUUUUCGUUCUGGACUACUCUACGAAGCUGCCGGCCUAUCAGGAUCGGGAAAAACUCAGUUUUUAUACACGUUACUGACGCAAUUCCUACAUGAUCAACCGGAGAAAAGAUGCAUUUGGGUGGACACGAAUGGAUCUUUUCGCCCUUCUCGUUUACUACAAAUCAUGCGAAAUAGAGGAUAUGCGACCGCGGAAAAAGCGAUAUCGAAAGUGGCAGUGGUUUCCACUUCUUCAGGCUACGAUCUGCAACUAGCACUUGAACGGAUAUUGGGCGUGAGUGAUAUUUUAAUGCCGGCUCUCAUUAUUAUCGACAGUUCGAUCAAUGCACUUUAUGAGACAACAUGCGGAAAUGUCACUUAUGGGCAAGAACGUAUUCGAAAGAUUUUGGCUCUAAUGAAAAUGAUCUCGACAUCGGGAACAGUUGUUAUUUCGGUGAAUGGAAUUACGAUGUAUGGAGGGAUCCCUCGACCACAUCUUGGAAAGCAAUGGAUUACGUCUUUUACACAUCGCCUCGUGUUUAUUCGCACAGGAAAUAGAUAUUCGAUUCGAAUACCGAACGAAAGACCGGAUGGAGAGCUUGAUAUACGAGAAGUCACUUUUCAAAUCACCGAUUCUGGAGCGCAAGAUAACACGACAAAUAAAGAUGAUUCUCGAAAAACGAAAGGAAGUCAAUACUUUAUCCCCGACGAUACUCUUGACAAAGUUCUAUUGCUAAAAUUCGAGAGUUUUUUCGCGUUGAGUAAAGCCGAGAAGAAAACUCUCCAAUCGGCGGUGGAAAAACUCGGAAAUGAGGAGUUGGAGAAUGCGAUUGAGAUUUUCGAUUUCCUUUGUCCGACCGAGAAUCACUGUGGAAUUCAUCCACCGUUUUUCCCUACAGAAUCACAUUACAAGGUGGCGAACAAGUACGGUCUUGUGGCGUGUUCGAUCUUCAAAAACAUGUCGACAAUAUUGAUCGCCAUCAUGUGUUAUUUACAUGCACCCGAAAGGAUUCUCAACUCGAAAUGGUCUUUUUUCGAGCAAUGGGAUAGACGAAGAGCUUGUUACGGCAUAAAUGAGCCUCGAAGCUGGACAUUGGUGAAGCAAAAGCUGAAAAGAGAAAUGGAUGAGAUCACAAAGUUCGCUCUCGUUCGCCACCCGAUGGAGAAAUUCAUGUCCGGAUACACGAAUCAGUGUUUAACAGCCAAUAAAUGUGGUGGUUGCCAGAAUUUGACGUGCAUUUUCGAGAUGCUAGAGAAGAAUUCGGUGGAAUUGAGGCUGAAAGGGCUUUGGGGGAGAUCGGGACAGACACGCUCGCACGUUAAUGCUCACUUUUUGCCUCAAAAUUGGCGCUGUGAAUUUGGGACGAUGUUGGAUGACUAUGUGCUGAUCAGCUAUAACAGCAGUGAUUCAGAGUCACUCAUUCGUGAUCUUGAGCAUCUUUUUGCUGAAGUUGGCGUCGAUGAGGCGAGCAUAAAAUAUAUCAGCGACAAGUUGAGCUCCGGUCGAAGCAGCCAUUCGACAGCUGGAGGAAAACAGAGACAAAUGGAGAAAGAAAUUCUUGAGGCGAGUCCGCCACUGAUGAGAAGAUUCUUGAAUCUUUUCUAUUUUGAUUAUUUGGUUCUUGGAUAUCCAUUGCCCGAUGCGGGAAUGAUUAUAGAA